GUGUGCGUAAGUCCUGCUUAUGAGUCCUUCUAAUUAAUAGGCGAGCGGCGACAGUGCCCGGGUGUGCCUAACGACUAUACCAAACCCUUCUUCUAGUAUUGCCAAGUUUGCUUAGGCAGGGGCACGACUCAAAAAUGAACUGGAUGCUACCACCAGGACGGGUAGCGAGGCGCGCUCAUCUUAGAGAGCGCCUUCAAGGUGUCUUGGACUUUGUCGAUGACGAUUCAGAGUUAGUCCGCAGUGCGGAACAAGUAUAUAUGAAUUGUGGUAGUAGCUGGCUGGAUGAAGCCCAACGGCAUCAGGAGUUUGAGCUGGAGGCAAUCCUAGCGACAAGCACGGACGCCCACGAACAAAGUGUUGAGAACACGGUGGCUGACAAUGGCACAUUCUGGUCGAGCACCGGCUCCGACAAAUGUACGACGAACGACGCCCUGCUGUACCGCAUCCGGCAGCCGCUGGGCCAUGUGUCGUACGUUUCCCUCGCGGUGUACAGGGCUCUUUACCAGUUCGGCGAUCCGCUGUACCCUCCUCGCAAGGUGUCGUUCCUGACGGGCCCCACCCCCAACCAGCUCUACCCGGCCUCACCGGUCUACCCUGUUCGCCUCACGGAUGCGCAUCAGGUGUUUGCGAUCACUCCCACGGCGCCCUUCAGCCAGUACCUCAUGGUUCGGCUGCAUGGACGCAUGCAGCGACAGCGGGAAGACAUGCGGUUCUACAUCGCCAUCCGCCAUGUGGGGGCGUACGGCACCGUCCUGCCACCCAACCAUUUCACCAAGAUCUUACGAAACGUGCCUUCCAAGGGCCUUACGUGGCCCUGCAGCCGCGGCUUGGUGACUACAAGCACCUCGGUGCAAUCUACAGCGGCUGCGGCUGCGGCCGCUGCCGCUGCUGGCUCGCAACGGCGACAGCUGUUGCGCAGCGCCGCUAGCGGCGCGGCACGGGACGGCGAGGAGGAGGGGGAGGACAUGUUGGCAGCGGAGGUGUAUGAGGCGGGGCCGCCGGCGUUCCGAACUGCGCGAGAAAUAGCCACCUCCUCAUCCUGCUCUUCAUCUUCACGGUCUCCUCGCUGGGUUGACGGACGGUGGUGCCCGCGACGCAAACCCAAGCGACCCGCGGAGACAGAACCCGGUACAACCGCAUUGGGUUGGGGAUUGUCGUACUUUCGGAGCAGUACGGCCGCCAGUACGACAGCGGCGGCUACGGCGGUUAGUAAGAUCUCAGCGGCUCAGGUCGUCCCGCGACCCACGGGUCCAACAGACUCAGAGUUGAGUAGGGCUGUUGCGCAGGCUCCCGUGGCGAGGGCCGCAUGGCAGCUUAGCCGCGUACCAUGGCCGGAGGUCUUGCUGGUGCACGGUGUGCACGUAGCGGACAUGCAGCUCGCCCCUCCUGCAGCACGACCAGCGGCAGCAGAACCCACUGCCCAGGAACGGCGGCAGGCUCCUCACGCAGGCGCCGCUGCCGUACCGAGCGUCGUACCUUCCGUACCAGCCAUGCACGGCAGCACCGGCGGCAAUAGCAGCAGCUCCGGAGGCAGCAGUAGCGCCGGCGGAGGUGGCAGCGCCCUGGCGGCCGGACCAGGUCCUGACGUCCUGGCGGAGGUACGGCGGGAGCACAUGCAGCACGAGCAGGAGUGGCUGCGGGCUGCUGCAGCCGCUGCAUCAGCAUCGACAUCAGCUGUGGCUGUGGCUCCAGGAGCAUCUCCGGCUGACGCUGAUGAAUUCGCUGCCGCUGCAGCAGCGGCACGGUCCUCCCAGCAGCAGCUGCCCUCUGCUGCCGAGUCUGGACGACUAGUAGAGCUGCUAACAGCAGCGGUUAGCCGCGGCGGUGCCGUGCCGCCUGCGUGGGCCUCUAUGCUAGCGUCAGCAGCCGCACCUGAAGCGGCAGAGGCGGCGGAAGGAGCGCUGCAUGGAGGUCGGCGAUGGCCGCCUGUACGGAUGUUUGACCGGAUGAUCUCGGCGAUCUUCCACCGGUCGGCCGGCGGCAGCGACGGACCGCAUGCAGAGUCCCAUGCUGCUGCUGCUGGCGGCGGCAGCAGCAGCAGCGCAGGCGGAGCAUCCGUGGGCGGUAGCGCUGGCGAGCAGCGCAUGAGCACCGGCGAGUACAGCCGCGCUCGUGCUGCCGUGGCCCGUGAUCGUGCAAGGCUGGCCGAGCUGACAUACCUCGUUUUCUGCAUUCCGUACUUGACGCAGCACCCGCAUGCGCAGCAUUGGCUGAAGCGGUUGAGGGGCAGCGUGGCGGCGAGGGAGCAGCGGUUGGCGGUUGCAGAGCGGCGGGGAGCGGUAGUUGCGGCGGCGAGGGGAGGAGGAAGUGGAGCUGGUGGAGGAGCAGCAGCAGCAGGGUCCUCACGCACCCAGCAGCUCUGGCCGCCGCCGCAACAUGGGGCCGCUGACGUCGCCGUCGGCCACCAAGGGGAAGGGCUGUUGCUGCCGCCGCGGGCGCGCCGGCACCUACAGCAGCAGCAGAGAACCCGCGGUGGGAACAAGAACGAGAGCCGCCGUCCGCGGCGCGCCCUGCAGGCAGCGCAACGCGCCAUGCAGGAAGGGACGUACGCGCCGGAUGGCCCGCUGUUCUUGUUGUUUGAGGCGGAGGGGACAGCAGCCGAGGAACGGGAACAGCGGACCGCGACAGAGGGCGGUGGACCGAUGGAUGUGGAUGGCUGCGGCAGGGAGGGCCAGGCACAGGAUGCAGAAACGUGGCUGGUGUCACACUACGAUAACGAGCACCUGUAGCGUCGCGACGUACGGCAGCAAUCCCGAUGACCAAUACGGUACCGGUACAAACCAGUGUUGGCACGAGCCGCGCCUCGCGGAUGCAUGGGCGCCUGGGCGGCAUGUACCGUUGGUUGUGCUAGCGUGCCCAAUGACUGUGGAUUACCUGGAUAGCAAGUACGGCAGGCAAUGCUGUGGAGGUAGAGCUUUAGCAGAUGUGUCGUGUUGGGGCUGGUAGUGACCUGUGAGGCGUUCAAGUUGUUGUUGGUGUUCAUGGUGGUAUAAGGUGCUCUAGGUGGGGUAUCGCGGACUCAACUUGCAGGAUGCGUCGAAUCAUGCGAGUAUUACAGGGGCGUGGAAGGCUGCUGGUGUCCCUUUCUUGUGGGACGAUGAACCGAUGAUGCUAUGGUUCUGAGCUCAAAAAUUCUUUCCCUUGCUGUUCCUAGUUGUUGUGCUCUCCAGCUGCAGCUUUUACCCCAUAAAUCUGUGCCAAGAUGGCACACGCUUGCGUGUGGCUGCGGCUUUCACACGAACAUGAACCUAUGUACCGGGAUGUGCUUUUCUGCUAGUAUAACUGAACCCACCAACCCAAAAUCUCCUUGACGUUUUGCUUGUUUGCGAGCUAAUAUACACAAUUCGUGUGACGGU